GUGAGAUUGAUUUCAUGUUCUGAAACUUCGACACUUCUCUUUAUUCAACAAGCGGGUGCCUUUCUUAGCAAGCACGAUUAAAGUUGUGGGAGCCUCGUGGAAAACGGCUUGGCUUCUGUGAGACGGCGUUUGGCGGGUGUCUUGGAGCUUGACUCCAUCCAACAGUUCCUAUGGAACCAAAUCAGUCUUCAAGUCUAGUUCCGGGAGCCUCGUGGAAAACGGCUUGGCUUCUGUGAGACAGUGUUUGGCGAGUGCCAUCGGACCCUGACCCCAUCCCACAGUUCGUAUGGAACCGAAUCAGUCUUCAUGUCAUGGUGAUGGAGCCACAUUGUUGGGAGAGACCAGCUACCCACUGAAAGUCACCAAGGACAUUUGGUUCGCGUGCUGUUCCUGCACCUAUGUCACCAGAAAUCAGCAUGUCAUUGUGAGCCACCUGGCUGCCCAUGGUGAUGAACAAUCCAGGUGCCAGCAUCCCAUGUCUGGCCCUAAGUCCCAAGUGCUCGGCAACACUCAAAAGCACAAGAGUGAAAAGCCAUUUAAGUGCAAGCUCUGCCCCAAAGUCUUUGCUAAAGAUUCCCAUUUGAGAAAUCAUACCCGAACGCACACUGGUGAAAAGCCAUUUGAGUGCAAGCUGUGCCCCCAAGCCUUUGCUCACAGUUCCAAUCUUAGACAGCAUAGUCGAAAGCACACUGGUGAAAAGCCAUUUAAGUGCAAGCAGUGCCCCCAAGCCUUUUUUCAAAAUUCUGAUUUGAGAAAGCAUAAUCGAAUGCACACUGGUGAAAAGCCAUUUAAGUGCAAGCAGUGCCACCAAGCCUUUCCUCAAAAUUAUUAUCUGCUACGCCAUAAUCGAAUGCACACUGGUGAAAAGCCAUUUAAGUGUAAGCAGUGUAACCAAGCCUUUGCUCACAGUUCUAAUCUUAGACAGCAUAGCCGAAAGCACACUGGUGAAAAGCCAUUUAAGUGCAAGCAGUGCCCUCAAACCUUUUCUCAAAAUUCCGAUCUGAGAAAGCAUAAUCGAAUUCACACUGGUGAAAAGCCAUUUAAGUGCAUGCAGUGCCCCCAAGCAUUUGCUCUAAAUUACUAUCUGCGACGCCAUAAUCGAAUGCACACUGGUGAAAAACCAUUUAAGUGCAAGCAGUGCCCCGAAGCCUUUGCUCGAAAUUCCUAUCUAAGGAAGCAUAAUCUAACGCACACAGGUGAAAAGCCAUUUAAGUGUAAGUAGUGUCCCCAAGCCUUUUCUCAUAAUACGAGUCUGAACUGCCAUUAUCGAAAACAGUGUUUAAAAGCCUUCCAAGUGCGAGCAAUGCUCCAAGAGCUUUGCUCAGUGUAGGAGUUUAUCCACCAGAACCAAAUGCACACGUGCAGAAUGCCUUGCGGUUGACCCGUAAGCUGAGCUUGCUCCGUGUGUAAUGAUUUAACUCGUGCAAAACUUAAUGCCUUUUUAUUCAAAGUAUGUAUAUACCUGAGUGCAAGAUUGGUCCAAGGCCUUUGUUCAGAUUAAUAACUCGCCGCACUGAAGCGCCUAUGCGUAAUAAGCCUCACACAUUCCAGCAGCGUUCCAGGCCAUUUUCUAAACGGUCUUGCCUCACCGGGCACAUGCUAACACAUGAGCUUACCAAACCCCAAGGGCAUUUGCGUAAAGCCUGCACGACGUAGGCCUUUCAAAUGCCAGCAAUAUCCGAGAAGCUUUGAUCAAAUUUCCUGCUUGGUUGGCCACACAACGCAAGUGUGUGAAUAGGCCUUAAAGGACACAUGCAAAGGAAAAAUAACAUUUUUUUAAACAGCCUGGUUAGGAAAAGGAAGUCAUAAAAUUAAUUUACUACGAAAAAUAAAAAUUUUUAGAGCUAUAUUUAUGGCACUAUACGAAUUUGUAGUUGGCGCCCGCUGGCGCCUCGUAAAAGUGGCCGCUAUUUGUCAUAUGACCGGCCGCAAUUUGUCACGUGAUACUUGCACUCUUUUGGAAGCUUCCUAUGGUCUCUAAAAGUUACAUAUUCAUCUUUGUUUCAAGUGCAACAAGACAUGAAGAUUAAUAAGUCACUUUUAGAGCCCAAAGGAAGCUCCUGAAAAUGCACAAGCAGACAUGGUAGGCCUGUGCGCCGGUCAGAUGACAGCGGCGGCUCCGUGGAGCAGACAAACUUACGCGGCAACGGUGGUGUGGAGAAACAUAUUGAAACGGCGACGCACCACGCUCAGAGUGUGGCAGCGGCGUGACUUUGAGGCGGCAACGGCACAAAAGUGUACCACGUUACCCGCAGCGGCUCCCACGGGCGCCAACUACAAAUUCGUUUUGCGCAGUAAAUAUAGCUCCAAAAUUUUUUUUCUUCAUUGGAAAUUAAUUUUAUAACAUUAUUUUGCAAUCUAGGCUGAACAUUAUUUUUCAGUCUAGGCUGUUUGAAAAAAAUGUUUUUUUCCUUUGCAUGUGUUCUUUAAGUUGUGAGACGUAACGCAGAAGUAACGCAAAAGUGUGAAGUAACGCAAAACUUCACAGCCUGUUAUUGUGAAGUAACUUUUUCCAAGAUUUUUCUUUUGACGUUCUGUACCGUGCCAAGACCUCAUUCUAGCAGUUUCCUCAGAGGGGGACUGAUUGGCAAGUGUGUGCACCGCAGCACUUCCUGCUACAGUCGAACCUCGAUAUAUCGAACUGCGCGGUGAUGGCAAAAUAGUUUGAUACAGCCAGAAUUCAAUAUAUUAAAUCGCAUCAAAAACGCGUUAGAAACUUGUUAAAAGCGCGUGGCCGUCGCGCUCCGCGAAGCACCGACCGACCGCAGAGGCGGGAGCAGCCGCAUUAAAUAUCUGGUGCGGCUCGUACUUGGCGAGAACCUGCCUGAGGCCACUCUGGAUCAAGCCACUUCUUCAUUUCCACUUCAUUGGCGUCCUCACUUUCCCCCGAGACUGUCUUCCCGACAAUGUUAAAGCGGGCCUUAAAACGUUGCAGACAACCGCUACUGGCAUUGAAGUUCUCGGCGCCGAGAAUGAAUGCAAAGGUCUUGGCCUUCUGUUGUAACAUCCGUUCGGAUACAGGAAUAUUCUGGGCCCUUGCGUCGAUGAACCAUUUGUGCAGCGACUUCUCAACAACUUCAAAGGCAGCUUUGCGUACACGCCGCGCGCCUGAGUGCUGGUUCUGUUCUGCCUUGGCCUUUGUGUGACUCUUGUUUUCCAGUAGAGUACUCAAAGUGCUUUUGGUAGGCCUAAAGCUUCGACGACGCUCUACUUUUUUUCUCCAUUAUCAACCCGCUGGAUAGCUUCUAGUUUUGCAGCAAAUGUCAGGGACGUCCGUUUUUUAGUGUUUGGAGCCAUCACUCACGCAAGGCAACAGGACACACGAAAGAACUACGAUCACACGCGUAGCACUACUGAUAAUACGGAGGAGGAGGAGUUGGUGCGACAAAUGCAGUGCGUCGUUGGCGUUGCGACGAACUAUCCAGGCAGCGGCGUGCGCGCGCCGCUACGUUCAAAUGGCGCCCUCGGCGUGUGUGUAGGCAUUCGGAAGCGCCCAUUGCGCCACCGCUAUUAUCUUCGAGGGUGUUGCAGGAAAGCUCGCCGCCUGUCAAAAGAGUGCGGGCUAUUUGGGGUGGCGGAGUUCGGUAUAUUCAUUUUAUGCCCUACCCCGUUUGAAAUAAAAAAUAAAAAAUGCAUGCGAUUUUCUGCGUGAUAUAGAAAGCGUUCGAUAUAGGCAAUAAUUCUAUAUAUCCGUGUUCGAUAUAUCGAGGUUUGACUGUACUUGUUGGUACACCACUCCUUAAAUCCCUCGUACUGCCCAGUAGGUUUUGCUUUACAUUGGCACUGUAUCCAUUUUAAAUACUGCAUAAUGCCCCUUCAGGACUGCAUUGACAAACGUUUUGGAAAAUUUUGAACUGACUAACAUGCUCAUACUCAAAGUGCUUCUGCCUUCUUACACUGGCAUCUUCACAGUUAUGUAUUUAUUUCACACCUGUGUUCAGAUAUCACUUUCCUUUGUGUUACGUGUUCCCAAUAUUUUCUUGCUCCGUGUUCAUUUUCGUGGCAGUUGUUUCCGUGUUGCCUGGCUGUCUGCAUCAGAAUUUUCAAACCGUAGAUGUCAUUGGUUUGCUGGAAAAUUCCCUUUGCUUCUUUUUUGUGUAACACAGGAUAGUUUGUUUUUCUGCUUCACUGAUGGCUAAUGUUCUUACAUUUUUUAAAUAAUGAAAAGGGUCUGUGAAGCUAAGCCUCAAUGAAUACUAACUCGGCCAUGAAUUUGCUUCGUUUACAGGAUCCUUUGAAUCGCUGCUUAAUGUGGGAUUGUUCACAUGCGUAAUUAAUUUGCAAGUACAACUUUAUUGUGGCAAUACUUUUUUUUUUAUUCUUAUGUCGUUUGUCUUGAGCAAAAUUUGGGGAUGAUAAAUAUGUAAUCAGACUUCUGUUUCACUGUUUCUCAGAAAUAUAGGUUGACAGUCAAGCUCCCGGAGUGGUUUUUUUUUCUUUUCUUCCAUUGCAUAUCUUAGCUGAAGCAAAUGUGCUGCAGGCAGAGUAGCUCUUUACAAGGUUUCCCCUUUGCCAUCCCGCUUGAUGCUGGGAUCCCACUGUAGCAGUUUUGUCGCCAAGAAAUUGACUAAGUCUCGGCUUCUCGUGUCGAUUCUGACCAUAGCCCAAUUCCUGCCCUCCAGCAGGUGGUUUACGUAGGAGGUGACGCAAUGUUUUUUGUGCUGUUUUAUGCAUGUGAAGACAUUGCACUGCAUUCUCAAAUGGUAUGAAAAAGAAACGUGGCAGACUAGAGGAACUUCGUACCAAUUUUAUUGGGCUGAUAGUCCUCAGCACGGGCAUCUUUGUAAGUGCAUAUUGUUAAACGACAGUUGCUUGCUUUUGACCAUCGCUAUCUGGCACUUAUGUGACCACAAUAUUUUGUUGCACCGGGCACUUGUUCUUGGAAGCUGUUGUUGUGGCUCCUGUCUCUCUUCACCAAAAUUUAUAGAUUGGAUGUCGUCGUACAAGUCUCAGUGUUUUUCGUCUCAGUGUUUUUUCAUUUUCUUUUAGUUAUGACUUUUUGACUGGUUUUCAAUUUGCACCGAACCUGAGUGCACUGAACGUAGUAACUUGGCGAAACUUCUCGUUUCUCGAACUUUGCUUUAUAUUAAAAGUUACAGAGAAAUUAAAAUGACAAAAUCAUGCAAAAACUAA